AGCACAAUCAACGACAACCACCGGACGGACUUCCUCUUGCAAGACGCCUUACUCUAGCUCUCCAUCACCAUGACAAGCGAAGCUUCAUUUACCAAAUCUUUCCUCUCCGCGCUUGACAUUCUCCCCGUCAAGCUGCGUUCGGACCAUGUCUUUGAUCCUCAGCAAGUGGGGUUGCGAGUUCCAUACAUGCUUCCCCGCCUGCAACCCCCCCACCCCGAAAUGCCGAAGAAGGUGAAGAGGACCGUCGCCCCGGGAGCUUCGAAAUCCGUCACGAUCCGACUGAAGUCGGCACGGAGCCCCGUCUUGGAAUUCACGCUGCCAAAUAUGCCGCUGGCAACAACCUCGGUGCCGGACUUGCGCGACGCGGUGCAGGCGCGCGUAGUCAACAUGCAGGAUGAACGGGUGCCCCUGGACAAGAUCAAGAUCCUGUACAAACGCAAGCCGGUGACGGGGAAGACGGUCGCAGAGGUGUUGGCCGAUGAGCCGGACGUGCUGGCUGGGGGGAAAGAGGUCGAGUUUGGCGUGAUGAUCAUGGGUGGGGCGAAGGUCGUGGAAGUCGAGGAGGAGCCAGCACCAGCACCCGCACCCGCACCACCGGCAGCGGACGAAAAGCAGGCAAUGGAGACAGAUGAGAUCCCGAAACCUGCCGUAGGGCCGAGCGGCGACGAAGUGGUUGAAACGGAGGCCUUCUGGACAGAUCUGCAAGGGUUUAUGGAGCAGCGACUGAAGGAUGAGGCGGUGGCGAGGAGGCUGAGGACCCUCUUCGAAACGACCUGGAAGGCCAAUCGGUAGAAGGUGCUUACAAUGUACAUGAUAUAUUC